AUGGCUACAUUACCACCAACGCCCACUCCUACCAUGGCGACUAACCACGAGUCUACACAGCCGGUAUGCCAGAACUGCCAGACCAGCACCACGCCCCUAUGGCGUCGCGACGAGAUGGGAUCUGUUCUCUGCAACGCCUGUGGUCUCUUCCUCAAGCUGCAUGGCCGCGCUCGGCCCAUCUCGCUCAAGACCGAUGUCAUCAAGAGCCGCAAUCGCGUCAAGACCGUGCGGCCGGAUAUGCAGAUGAAGAAGAAGCAAAACCUUCCUGCUUCCGCUAUGGACCCCAACGGCCUCGGCAUGCACGUACAAGACGCUGCGACCGCCGCAGCCCUCGCCGCUGUUCGACGAACAUCGCAACAUAAAGUUAAUGGCCACGACGAGUCUCCGCUUUCGCGCACUGGCACUCCCUCCAUGUACGAUCCUAGUCUGAUGUACACCAACGGUGUCGACGGCCACCACUACCAGUCACCCGCCCUACCGCAAUACCCCAUGCCCGAUGGUACUUCCAAUGGGCACGACCCUGCUGCCAACGGCGAGGCGCAUCCCGACAUCACCGAGACUCGCGAACAACUAGUCGCCGCCAACUCCAGUCUCAAGACGCGGGUCAGCGAGCUCGAAGUCAUCAAUGAACUCUAUCGCGGCCGCCUGACUCAGCUUGAAACAGAUUCGCAGAAUGCGGACAACUUCCGUCACCAAGCAGAGGAAGCCCUCAAGGCCGAAGCCCAUGAGCGUCAGAUACGCGAGGAUAUCCAGCGAAAGCAGGAGGACACUCAGCGACAGCUUGAGGACAGCCACCGAAGGGAAAACAGCCUCAAGCGCAGACUUGAUGAUAUUGAGCAGGAGCUCAAGGAUGCGGACGACAAGAUCAAGCAACUGGAAGAGACUGAGUCGGAUCGCCCAGCCAAGAAGCCCCGCAUCGAAGAGGAGCCGAAGAAAGAAGAGUCCGAAGCCGCACCGACGCCACAGUCACCCUCCUAG